GCUGGCCCGAGAUACUCCGCCAUUUUCGCUAUCGGCUGAAAGACAGACUACUUUCCGGACGAUUCUCCGCCUUGUUGACUCCGAAAUAGGAGGGGUGCAUAGAAAUGGAUGAGACAAGCAACGAGAGUCCUGUGGGCGAACUGCCAACUGAACACCCUGGGGACGAGAGAAGCAGCGAGAGUCCUGUGGGCGAACUGUCAACUGUACACCCUGGGGACGAGAGAAGCAGCGAGAUUCCUGUGGGCGAACUGCGAACUGAACACCCUGGGGACGAGAGAAGCAGCGAAAUUCCUGUGGAUGAACUACCAACUGUACACCCUGGGGACGAGAGAAGCAGCGAGAUUCCUGUGGACGAACUGCCGACUGUACACCCUGGGGACAAGACAAGCAGCGAGAUUCCUGUGGACGAACCUCCAACUGGGCAUCAUUGGAACGAGACAGACAUUAGCGAGAAAUUAGACAUGGGAAGGCAGCAGGACGAGGAAGAGGGUAUUUUAUAUUGGGGAAAGAGCGAAGUAACAUAUGGCGAUCCUCCCGCCACACAGGAUCGAACAGAGCAGACGGAAGGGAUUGCUGUGAAAGGUAGUGUGGAGAAAAACUUUACGAAUACGGAGCUUGACUUCAGAACAGCUUCAAAGAGUGAUAUAUUCGGACACGCCUUGGCCAAACCCCAUGCAGGUGAGAAACGUUAUACAUGUGACCAGUGCGACUAUUCUGCUGCAAGGAAAGACUCUUUAGACCGCCACAUUGCCAAACAUACUGGAGAAAAACCCUACAUAUGUGGAGAGUGCGGGCACAGAACAGCUCACAGGUCCGACUUAACCAAACACAUGAGAAUACAUUCGGGUGAUAAACCCUACAAAUGUGACAAGUGCGACUAUUCGUCGGUGCGAAAAUGUGACUUGGACAAGCACAAGUCUAAACACAGCAGAGAAACAGGGCAGACGGACAGGCUUGCGGUGAAAAGUAAUGCGGAGAAACGCUUGAUCUGUAUAGAGUGUGACUAUAGAACAACUUCAAAGAGAGAUUUGGUCAGACACGCCAGAACUCAUACAGGGGAGAAACCUUAUAAGUGUGACCAGUGCGACUUUUCUGCGGCAAGGAAAGACCAUUUAAACCGCCACAUGUUCCAACACAGUGGAGUAAAACCCUACAUGUGUGGAGAUUGUGAUUAUAGAACAGUACGCAAGUCUGACUUGGCCACACACAUGGCAAUACAUACAGGUGAGAAACCCUACAAGUGUGGCAAGUGCGACUAUUCGUCUGUACGAAAAAAUGCCUUGAACAAACAUCUUUCUAUACACAGCAGAGAAGCAGAGCACUCGGGCAGGCUUGUAAAACGUACUAAGGAGAAACGCUUCGCAUGUGAAAAGUGCGACUUCAAGGCAUCUGCAAAGAAAGACUUAUCCAGGCACACCAGAACACACACAGGUGAGAAACCCCAUAAGUGUGACCAGUGCGACUAUUCUGCUGCACAUGAAUUUUAUCUUAAGUUGCACAUGGCUAAGCACUCCGGAGAGAAGCCCUACCUUUGCGACGAGUGCGAAUUUAGGACGGCCCACCGGUCUGCUUUAGCCAAACAUAAGAGAAUAAAGCAUACAGACGAGAAACCCUAUAAGUGCGACCAAUGUAAUUAUACAGCUCCAAGGAAAAGCUACUUGGACCAACACAAGCUGCGACACACAGGUGAGAAACCUCACUUGUGUUGGGAGUGCGGAUACAGGACCUCCAACAGGUCUGGUCUGAACAAGCACAUGAGAACGCACACGGGUGAAAAACCCUAUAAGUGUGACCAGUGCAGCUAUUGUGCUGCACAGAAAGGCAAGUUAGACCGUCACAAGCUCACGCAUACUGGCGAGAAGCCCUACAUGUGUGAAGAGUGUGGGUUCCGGACGGCUCAUAGGGCUACGCUGACCAUUCAUAAGAGAAAGCAUACGGGCGAGAAACCUUACAAAUGUGACCAAUGUGACUAUUCUACCCGAGCAAAAAAUAACCUUAACAAACACAUGGUCCGACAUACGUCUUAAUAAUAUCGUUCACAGUGGAAAAAUAUACAGUUAACAUGAAAGCUGGUAGACAAAGACUGAAGAACAAUAUAGUAUAUGUCUGCUCUAGUGUAACUUAUUGUACAUGUAACAUGUAAAUUGUAACUUAUUGUAACUUAUCGGGUCCGACUUUGUCUGAAACAUUGUACGACAAAGGGUCCAACCUGUCUUUAAUCCACCCCAUGGAUAAAUUUAACUUCAUUCUAAGAGAAGAAAACCCUUACGGUGUAC